AUGCUGGCAGAGAUUGAUCAAAACAGAAUCCAGGCUAUAAUAUCGAAGUUGGUGUCUUUUGGGACAAGACAUACGGCGUCCAAUCAAACGGACCCAUCGAGAGGAAUAGGAGCUGCGAGGGACUGGAUCGCAGCGCAAAUGGAGGGCUUUGCUCAAGCCAGUGGAGGAAGGUUGAACGUGACGGUGCAGUCCUUCAUCCAGCCUGCCGUACCAGGCGAGCUCGCCAACGAUACCAGGAUCAGCAACAUUAUCGCCAGGCUCGAAGGAACGACUGAGCCCAACCGUGUCUAUGUCGUUUCCGGACACUAUGACUCCCGCAACACAGACAUCCUCAAUAAUAUCGAUGACGCUCCAGGUGCCGACGACGAUGCGUCCGGUGUGGCCGUCUCCAUGGAGCUCGCCCGGAUAUUCUCUGAGCAUAACGUCACCACUCCCGCAACCAUGCUAUUAGUUGCAGUCGCUGGCGAAGAGCAAGGUCUCUUCGGAUCCACCUUCCUAGCUCAGUCGCUCUUCAACUCGUCUGCCGAUGUUCAGGCCGCAUUCACCAACGAUAUUGUCGGAGCAAGUACUGCAGACGAUGGGACGAGUGAUCCAAAUGAUAUUAGGUUGUUUGUGCAGGGGAUGCCGUCGACAGAUAGCGCCGCUAUGGCGGCCCAGAGGAUCAGCAUUGGUGGCGAGAACGACAGUCCGACUAGGCAGAUUGGUAGGUUCGUGAGCGAGGUGGCGAGUAACAAUGCUACGAACAUGACGGUGCAAGUCGUGUAUCGCGCGGAUCGGUUUCUUCGUGGUGGAGACCAUGAGCCCUUCUUGAAGCUCGGAUUCCCUGGUGCUCGAUUUACAGAGCCGCACGAGAAUUUCGCCCACCAACACCAAGAUGUUCGCGCCGUCGACAACGUCCAAUUCGGUGACCUCCUUGAAUUCGUCGACAUCCCCUUCACCCAACGCGUCGCCCGUGUCAACAUGGCCACCAUAUUCUCCCUCGCCUCUGCACCAGGCACACCCAAAAACGUAACCAUAGACACCUCAGUCCUCACCAACAACUCUACUCUCCGCUGGGAUUUCGAUUCCGCCGCUGCAGCUUUGAGUGGAACGGGAGGAGUUGGUGGAUUAGCGGGAUAUGAGAUUGUCUGGAGGGCGACGGACGAGCCUUUCUGGAGCCAUGUGAUAGAUGUCGGGUUGGUGAGCGAGGCUACGGUGCUGCAAAGUAAGGAUAAUGUGGUGUUUGGGGUGAGGGCUGUCGGAGAGAAUGGAAUGAGGAGUCCGGCGACGUUCCCCUUCCCUUCGACGUGA